GCGAGAGGAAUCUCUGCAUUUAUUUUUUCUUUGUCUUCUUCAAUAUUGAGCGUUAUUGGCGCUCACACGGACGCUGCGCCGGUUUCAGAUUCUGCACCUGAAUCGCUCGAACAGGGUUUGCUGAGGUGUUCCUCAUGGCUGGGAUCUGACAAUGCGCUGUCUGGUGGCUCGAAUCAAUCACAAGACUCUGAUAGUCAUCUGUGCUGUGUUUGCCCUCAUCACUAUACUGCUGUGGAACAAAUGCUCCAGUGACAAAGACCUGCCCUCGCCGAUCAGACCUCUGGAGUUUGCAGCCCCCACCCCGGAGAAAGAAGAGGAGAACGAAGGGCAGGCCCCUGAGGCACCUCCUGGAUCCAGAGAGGUUGCUUACGAGCAGAUCGACUGCCUCAUUAAUGAAGACGUUCUCAUAAAAGGCCGUCGGGAAGGGGGCGAGGUGUAUCUGCCCUUCAGCUGGGUGGAAAAGUACUUUGACGUCUAUGGGCGACUGGUCCAGUAUGAUGGGAUGGAACGGUUCGAGUUCUCCCAUAGUUACUCCCGGGUGUAUGCCCAGAGGGAGCCGUACCACCCGGAUGGGGUCUUCAUGUCGUUUGAGGGCUACAAUGUGGAAGUGCGGGAUCGGGUGAAAUGCAUCAGUGGUGUGGAAGGUGUUCCGAUCUCUACCCAGUGGGGUCCUCAGGGGUACUUCUACCCCAUCCAGAUAGCUCAGUAUGGGCUGAGCCACUACAGCAAGAAUCUCACAGAGAAGCCUCCUGACAUAAAGAUCUAUGGCAUGUUAGAGGAAAAAGAGGGCGGCUCAAGUCCGUGGGACGUCCCUAAGGGCUGCACGCUCUCCAAGAUCCAAGAUCAAGGGCGUUCUGGGUUUGUGCACCAUUUUGUCACAGCAGAGAACUCUGAAGGUGUCUUUUUAGUCUUGGACAAUGUGAAAGAUUUCGUCCUGAGCUUCGAUGUGAAGUUCAUCUCCAAUGGUAGCGUCUCUGUUGUUCUGGAGACCACAGAAAAAGGACCUCCUUACAUCAUACAUUACAUCACUAGUCCACUUCUUCUUUCCUUGAAAGACAGAGAAGUCAUUUACGGUAUUGGACCGAGAGCCACCUGGAGCACCGUCAGUCGUGAUUUAGUGACAGACUUACGUAAAGGAGUUGGUUUGUCCAACACCAAAGUGGUUAAAGCAACCAAAAUCAUGCCUCGGCGUGUGGUCCAGCUGGUUCUUAAAGGUUCUGGGUUCAUCAGCAAUAUCACUGUGUCUUCCACUGCACACAUGGCUGCCUUCUUUGCUGCCAGCGAUUGGCUUCUUCAUAACCAGGAUGAACAUGGAGGAUGGCCGAUUAAGGUGACUCGUAAAUUAGGAGAGGGGUUUAAGAGUUUGGAGCCCGGAUGGUACUCUGCUAUGGCCCAAGGCCAAGCCAUGUCAACACUGGUAAGGGCGUACCUAGUGACGCACAACCCUUCGUACCUUGGGGCCGCAAUUCGUGCAACAUCCCCCUUCAAAAGGACUCCAGAACAACAUGGUGUGAAGGCUACAUUCAUGAACAAAUUUGACUGGUAUGAGGAAUACCCCACAACGCCAAGUUCGUUUGUCCUUAAUGGCUUUAUCUACUCCCUGAUUGGGCUGUACGAUGUGGCGGAGACUGCAGGCAACAAACUUGGUCGAGAAGCAGGAAUACUCUUCAGUCAAGGACUGGAAUCUCUCAAGUCCAUGUUGCCAUUGUUUGAUACAGGAUCUGGAACAGUUUAUGACCUGAGACACUUUACCUUGGGGGUUGCCCCUAAUUUAGCACGAUGGGACUAUCACACCACACACAUCAACCAGUUACAGCUGCUCGCCUCAAUCGAUGGCGCCCCCAUUUUUAGAGACUAUGUGAAGCGCUGGAAGACUUACCUGAAAGGAGGUCGGGCUAAGCACAACUAGACUUGCUGAGAGGGCGAUUUAAUAUGACGUUUAGAACUACCAUACUGUUGAGAAUUAAGUAAACUGAGAGUUUUACUUUUCAAAGGAAAGGGUGCAUAUUGUACCCAACUUGAUUGCUUUAUGAAUGUCAUGCUUGAGUUGUUGUACAGACUUCAAGAAUGUGAUUCGCCGUGCUUUAUUUCUAAAAUACCAUGUAAUGUUUGAAUGCAAGAAGCAACGCACACUUAUUCACACACCUUAAAAGGAAGCACAACAGAUUUGCUCAAUAAUAAAAUGGCUGUCGAUCUUGAGUCAUUCAAUUAGUACAUGUGAGUAGUCACACUAAUGAUUGUGUGUUAUCUAUGAAUAGUUGAUGCUGUAAAAUGUCAUUAUUAUUGCAUAAUGGUACAAAUGAGUGCUUUGUAUUAGAAAUGUUUUAGAAUCGUUUGAUCUUUGUAUUUUAAAGCACAAUUCUAUCGACACAGCUGCACAUUUCCUUCUCAGAAUGUAAUUAUUUAAAGCUUAA